AAAUUUUCGCGAGAUCGCUCUUUCAGUCUGCUUCAAUUCUUCUCUUCUCUAGCAAGUUUCAGAUUCGAACAAUCAAAUAAAACGCAAUCAGAAAACCUAACCGGUUUAACCAAUGUCAACUCAAAAGGGAAGCAUGAGCAGUGGAUCUACAAGGAAACGUAUGAAGCCUGAGGUUGAAGAAAAGAUAGGAGAUGAAGCUGAGUCGCAGAUUGUACUUGUACAGGAGGAAGGAUUGGAGACUAACCAAAUCGGGUCUGAAGAAAUGGAACUCAAUAUUUCUCUUGUUCUUGAGAAGAUUGAGAAUUUUACUCAGAGGGUAUCUGAGCUCCUAGAAUCAGGGAAAACAAUGUUUAAGGACCUGUGCAAUGAUUUUGAAGAGAAACUGAUUAUGAUUCACAAGGAGCAGGUUGAAAAAUGGCAGGAAGAAAUCAAGGAAUUGCGUGCACUUGAUGCCUCAAAUGAGGAAGCCAAUGCUCUUCUGCAAAAUGCUCGAUAUGUACUUCAGCUCUGUCGUAAUGAUUAGUCAAGAUAGUUGGUUGAUCCCAAACAUUAAUCAGGUAAAAAGUAUACAUUGAUAGAAGAUGUGAGAAUCAUUGGGAUCCAAUUCGUUUCUAUUGGACUGUGUUUGGUGUUUAUCGUUAGAUUAAACUUCUAUUAGAAAUAUAUACUUGCGAGUCACCAUAUUUGGUUAAUCUUGUUCGAGGUAUAGAAGAUAUUUUAAUAGUAGUGACAGAUAAAUAUGUAGCAUCUUAGUUUGAAGGAUGUCACUUCAAAAACAGGAUCAAUGUUUCUUGAAUUUUGCAAGUGCUGCAUGGAAAAUACUUGCUCUAGUCCAACCUUUUACACUGUAAAUGUAUAUGUGUUUUGAACUUGCCU